ACAGACACACACUCCUUACGACCCCUGAAGUGAGGUCUAUGCUAUGGCGCUAGCUUCGUGGAAACGAUCUGGCUGCAACCUUUCGAAGCCGCUCGCACUCUUGGUCUCGCAGUGGAUACGUCGUCCAAUCCAGGCCAGACCUAGCAUCCGUACGGACUCUAGGCAAAAUUAGACAAAGGCUCUGUACGGCAUGAAAUGGUCGCACGUAUCAUAAAUGUCUUCAACGCCCCCAUCAGGCUAGGCCCACAUACAAAGAACCAAACCGCCGCUUCCAGCACCUACGCACGUAGGCCACAUACGGGACUGCAGCAUCUGCGACGUGCUAUGCGAUGGCGCAACAGUCGCAUAGCCGCACCACACGCAUGUGGAUUAGCGAUCGUGAAUUGGCGAUACAACAAGCACCAAACAAGACCAGCCGCGUUCCCGGGACCGAUUGCGCCGUGGCUCCUCUAAAAUUGCGCAAGGAGAGAAAGGUCGACGAGACGAACGUGGACGGGACGAGGCUACAAACCCCUUCUUCCGGCACAGACUCUGCGCUACCGCUGCAGGCAGGAAGCCCAUGGAGGCGGUACAAGGCGAUACUAUCCCUAUUAGACAUGGGCGACAAAGUCAUCGUGGCGAGCGAGCGCGCGGCCCCAAUGAGUCGCGUUGGCGUGAGGCGGUUCCCCCGCGGCAACCAGGAUACUGAGACGCUAUCCCGGUUGCGUGAGGUGCGGCAUGCCAACAUUGUUGCUGCGCUUGAGGCAUUCCAAGGCCAAAAGAUACUCUACAUCGUCUUUGAGGAUAUGCAUAUGCCCCUUGAUCACGUAAUACGGUGCCCGCGCCGACGGACCAGCGACGAGGUAGGGACGAUCGUAGGGCAGAUCCUAGACGGACUCGAUUAUCUCGACUCCCAUCGUUGGUGUCAUAGUCGUCUGAGCUGUGAGACGAUCCUCGUUCAGAUGGCGGGCGACGUUAAAAUCGGCAUGCAGGAGCUCUGCCGUGCUGCUAGCUCGAGGGAGCAGCAACAGAAUCUCACGGACAUUGGCACAAUCACCAUAAAGCUCAUGCAAGGGUACGCGUUAGAGGAGGGAAAGGUGGGCGUGGAGGACCUCAGCGAUUGGCAGGAGUCGAGCAUCCUUGACUUUCUAUCGGCUAUCACCUCAUCGGAUAGGGCUGGUCGACUGCGUAAGAACAUUUUCCUUGUACAGAUAUGGGAGAAGGAGUCUAGGUGGCCGAAAGAGAUCCUCUGCGAUCUCUUCCACACGGCUCAGCUGUCCGUGCGGAGGUACUACCACUACAAGCCGUGAUGAAUCGUAUGGUUUCCAACUUCUAGUAUAGUAGUCUGACAGGUUAAGCAAGGUAAUCCUGCGAUCUCCAGUCUCUUCUCUUCUUGACUAGAGCUCGUCUAGAUAGAUACAGCAUUGUGCCAUAGCUCUGGUCGC